AUGACUAAUCAAAGACCUCCAGUCCCAAAAUUUAAUGAUGAAUGUUUAACUCCAAAGAUGGAAAUGUCAUUGAUAGAAGAAGUUCAGCAUUUAAUUUUUAAAAUGAAUUUGGAUUAUGAAAUCGAAAAGAAAGCAAUCAGAAUAAUUUAAACAAUUCCUUUAUAAAAUACAGUUACUUCAGCAAAAGGAGUAAUAUUUUACUGUCUCAAAGAAUUAAAUAGAAAAUUGCCUAUAAUGGAUAAAAAAAUUGAAUACGUCAUAAAAUAUAUUGAGCAAUAACAAAACCUUAAAUUCUCACAUGUAUGUUAAAAAAUGGGUUUCGAUGAAUAGGUUUCAAGAGUAUGUGAAACUUUGAAAAAACAAUUAGUUUAUUUAAUUGGCAAGUUAACGAUAAACCUUUAAAUAGCAAUAACAAUAAAAAUUGCUGCUGACAUAAUAUUUUAUAAAUAAGGAGGUUUAAAUACAAAGUUUUUAUCGUUCCAUACAAAAGUUAACGAAGAAUAUUUAAAAUGUUCACUCAAUAGAAUUAAGCCAUUUUCUGAAAAAAUAAUGACAGAUCUCUUCAACCAUUAUAAUGACAAUCCUCUUUGA